AUGCUGAAGACCCGACAGUGUCUACUUGGCAUCCGCACUUUCCUAGGUGUAACGUCCAGAAUAUGGGGCUUCUUCUUGUACAUUCUCAGGAAGCACCUACGCACGGUAAGCAUUAUCACAGACAGCACAAAGGUUAGUUAUAAAAACAUAUUUGGCAUUAUUGUUGAGAAGUAGAUAAACCAACUCACUCCUCGAUUCUCACGUUUGUUUGCAUUGUCUGGGGUGUGGGUCCAAUGAUUUAUACACGAACAAAAAUAUAAACCAACAAUUUCAAUGAUUUUACUGAGUUACAGUUCAUAUAAGGAAAUCAGUCCAUUUAAAUAAAUAAAUUAGGCCCUAAUCUAUGGAUUUCACGACUGGGAAUACAGAUGAGUCUGUUGGUCACAGAUACCUUAACAAAAAAGGUUGGGGAUUGGAUCAGAAAACAGUCAGUAUCUGCUGUGACCACCAUUUGCCUCAUGCAGCACAGCACAUCUCCUUCCCAUAGAGUUGAUCAGGUUGUUGAUUGUGGCCUGUGGAAUGUUUUCCCACUCCUCUUCAAUGGCUGUGCGAAGUUGCUGGAUAUUGGCAGUGGAUAUUGGCGGGAACUGGAACACACUGUCAUACACAUCGAUCCAGAGCAUCCCAAACAUGCUCAAUGGGUGACAUGUCUGGUGAGUAUGCAGGCAAUGGAAGAACUGGGACAUUUUUAAACUUCCAGGAAUUGUGUGCAGGUUCUUGCAGCAUGGGGCUGUGCGUUAUCACGCUGAAACAUGAGGUGAUGGUGGCGGAUGAAUGGCACGACAAUAGGCCUCAGGAUCUCGUCACGGUAUCUCUGUGUAUUCAAAUUGCAAUAGAUAAAAUGCAGUUUUGUUGUCCGUAGCUUAUGCCUGCCCAUACCAUAACCCCACUGCCACCAUGGGGCACUGUUCACAAUGUUGACAUCAGCCCGGUACAGUUGAAACCGGGAAUUAAUCCGUGAAGCGCACACUUCUCCAGCGUGCCAGUGGCCAUCGAAGGUGAGCAUUUGCCCACUGAAGUCGGUUACAACUCUGAACUGCAGUCAGGUCAAGACCCUGGUGAUGACGACAAGCACGCAGAUGAGCUUCUCUGAGACAGUUUCUGAUAGUUUGUGCAAAAAUUACAGCUCUGUUGGACAUUCCUGCAGUCAGCAUGCCAAUUGCACACUCCCUCAAAACUGGAGACAUCUGUGGCAUUGUGUUUUGACAACUGCACAUUUUAGUGGCCGUUAUUGUCCCCAGCACAAGGUGCGCCUGUGUAAUGAUCAUGCUGUUGAAUCAGCUUGUUGAUAUGCCACACCUGUCAGGUGGAUGGAUUAUCUUGGCAAAGGAAAAAUGCUCACAAACAGGGAUGUAAACAAAGUUGUGCUAAACAUUUGAGAGAAAUAAGCUUUUUGUGCAAUGGAACAUUUCUGGGAUCUUUAAUUUCAGCUCAUGAAACAUGGGACCAACACAUUACAUGUAGCGUUUUAUAUUUUUGUACAGUAUAUGUACGUCAUUGGAUGGGUUGUGUGUGUGUCUGGGACAUACCUGCAACUCACAUAUUCAAAUGUCUUGGUUACUGCUGUCAUAACCCUGUCACAAACCCAAAACACAAUCAACCUAAAAUCAGAACCAAUCAUCUCACCAAGAGUACAAGCCUGCUUCCAUUCCCCUAAGGCCACAUGACCCUUAUCAGAGCCAUAGUCAGAAUAGCACUUGGUGGAAAUGCAUGCUAGGAAAUGUGCUUCAGGUGGGGCUGUAGGAAACCAUUGAAAUAAACACAGACAAAACCUUUGCUAUGGACUCACACAAACCCUUCUGAUCCUGACAUCGAAUGCCACCGCUCACAUAUUUCUGGGUUACUUUUGUUGCCCCCUACUGUAGUGUGAUGUGGGUGUUGACAAAUAAAGGAUCUUGUUCUACUGAGAGAAGUCUCGCAAGUCCUUGAUAUAUGGACUUGACCCACAAGACUCUGGUCACACCUACUUGUUCACUGAUGCCCCUAUUAUAAACUUGACAUUUUGAGGUGUUAAAGGCUACACCUGUCCACUAAGUAAUGCACAGUCAGGUCGGGUGACGUAUAUUGUUUGUUUGUUAUAUACUGUCUCUAGUCUGUAAACUGAAAGCCGCGUUAUCAAAUUAUGACAUCUAAGCAUGGGGUACUAUUAGUUCCAGUUUAUUUUGCUCCAGGGUAAACAGAGGGUAGUCCACGUUAGGGCCAAAGGGUGAGGGAUUACUGAGCCACAAAGACUAGCCUGUUCCUGUUCACGCGCUCUCACACACACACUGUACACACACAUGGUUUAGUCAAGGUCCAGUGUUUACGGCUUGUACUGUAUUACCUAACAGUGAUACAUCGUCACUGACCAGAGGGCCUCAGGGCCUAGUCAGUGGGAUGCAGAUGAAGUGUUUGGAACAUUGCAGAUAGAAAUACUGUAUGAUGUGUGGGGUUGAUGUAAUUCAACGUUCUACAUGGCAUGAAAUAAUUUAUUCCACAAUGUAGCAACCUAUUAGUCCCUGAACGAUUGGUAAUAUGCGUCCUGAAUAUGCUGGAUCAAGACUGCCUGGGUUGGGUAAUUCUCUGGAGUAUGAUAUUACAGGUGCAAUGGUGGUUUUCCCACUCCCAACUACCAAUGUGAUGAUGGAAACAGGGCCUAGGUGUCUGGCCAAACGAGGUUCCACAUUCAUGCAGUAGACACCCUGGUAUGCUGUAGCCAUAAAGGCCAGGGCUCUCCGACCCUGUUUCUGGAGAGCUACCCUUCUGUAGGUUUUUGCUCCAACCCCAGUUUUAACUUAUCUGAUUAAUCUUAUCAACCAGCUAAUUACUAGAAUCGGGUGCAAACGGGUUAUUGUGGUAUGGUACAUUUUACAUGGUCUUCACAAUCCAUGUGCCGCAUCACAACAAAAAGAAUCGCGCUACACAUUAGCAACUUUUUCGUUGGUUUACUACUGGUACCGCAAAGCAACGCGCAAGUUGAAGAAAUCCAAUGCAAGCAUGCAGUGCCACACACUACAACCUAGUUCAGCAGAUGAGUCGCAGCGGUGCGGAUUGCCUCCCAAUGAAAUGAAUGGACUUCUGCCAGAAUGCAUACAGUUCGACGCAACCGGUGUGCACAAGGCGUUAGUGAAAACCUGCAGGAACAAGGUUGGAGAGCCCUGGCCUAGACUAUGUAUAGACACAAAUUCCCAAAAUGACUUGUUUCAUGCACCUGUCAUCACUACAAUUGGAUAAUGGAGCAUAAACACACACAUGCUCCUUAAUCUGAUGUGAGCUAGACAUCAUGAGCCAGUUGCAUCAUAUUCUUCAAGACAGACAACAAUGCGACAUAAAUGCAUAGUCUUCAGAAUGGAGGGCUGGAGAGGGUUUCCUGGGUUAAGGGGGUGGCAUACAGACAACACCCCAGAGGGUACAGAAAGUGGGGCUGUGGGUUCCCCCCCAUGGCUUCCACCAGCUGCUCAUGAACAGGCUAUCCCUAGGCCUGCUCAGCCGUGGAAUGGAACGGGCCUGGCAGGGUGGCACGGUGACACGGUCUAAGGGUUUCGGACAAAACAAGGGUUUUCGGCCCCAGUCAGUCACCCUGCAGGUCUCCCUUUUCCACUUGGCCCCCUAUUCCAGUGACACCCGCAGACAGCUGGGGGGGGGGCUAAAUAUAGCCCUUAUGGAAAACAGGGCCACUGGGGCCACAGAGUGUGAAAACUGCCCACUCUGUCAAGGAAGGAAGGUGGGAACCAUGAAUGAAUGAAUGAAUGGAGUGGGGAAAACGGGUGUGUCUGAAUAAUCUGAUGUGGGUCCCUCUCCUCAUAUCCUUUCCAACAGGUGUGUCUGUCAUCUGCACUGACGGGUGUAAGCAAAUUCCAAGUAGGAAUCCACCAUACUACUUAGUCCUGACAACUAAAGGAAGCAGGUUGAAACCACUAAACUUUUGAAAUGCACCCAAGGAUGGUAGUAUAGGGAGCAGACAAUGGAAUAACGAGAGCUUUUACUCUUUACUGGGGUUUGAUGCAUUACAUCGCCUUCUAAUAAAGUGAUCAUCUAUAGCUAGGAUUGUUUUGUUUUACAAUUUUAGUCCUGUAACACGGCCAAGACCGCAGUAACCGAACUUUGGCCACUGUUCUGCUUUCUAUUGUUGCAAUUUUAUGCUCACAGAUGUAACAGACACUAAAAUCUUGAGUCUGUGACUGUCGUUGGCUGAGUUGACUGUUUCAUCUCCCUCUCGGUCUGUCUUUCUUUCAGGUUAUCCAGUACCAGACAGUACGGUAUGACACUUUACCCCUGUCCCCCAUCUCCAGAAACAGACUCAGUGAGUAUAUAGUCCAGUAAUCUUUAUUUAGUUAAGUCAUUGUUCAGUAAUGCCUGUAAACGGAUCUGCAAAGAAAGAGCUUUGUAACUUGUUCAGUUAUUUCUGUUAAAAUAAAUUAUGAUGGAGACAAACAAGCAAAAAAGUUAGAAAAUAUGAUCACAAAUACACAACACACAGACGAAAUGAAAAAGCAACAGGUACAAUCUGUACAAGGCAGCUAGUACUGCAAAGUGGUGGGCAUCUAAUUGUAUACAUCUUCAAAGACAACAUACUGUAUGGGCAUGAAACACGGGUGCUCGCUGGGCCCUAGGAGGUCCAACUACUACUGUUUAAGAGCUUGUCUCAAAAGAAAACGGGGGCCAUACUUUCACAAAUGUUCCAUGGUCCUGUAAAUCCAUUGUUCAUUUCAGUUCUUAGGCUGAAGAGUAUGAACACACCCCCAGUCUCUUCAAAGGGCUUCUCCGUAGCACAGCCCUGCUCUGCUAUCUCUUAGCACAGCCCUGCUCUGCUAUCUCUUAGCACAGCCCUGCUCUGCUAUCUCUUAGCACAGCCCUGCUCUGCUAUCUCUUAGCACAGCCCUGCUCUGCUAUCUCUUAGCACAGCCCUGCUCUGCUAUCUCUUAUCCAGUGGUGUAGUGGUGGCUGGAGAAGUGGUUAUACUCUAAUUUAGCAAAAAAAAAUCCCAGGUGGGCCGACCGGCAAAGAAAAGGCGCCCUGUGUGAAAAGCUCUGUUUUCCUUUUUGUUUUUUUGAGUUGUCCUAGUUUUUCCUAUCGGGUUCAAUCUCAAAAUCACACCUUUUUUUAAUAUAUAGAGAAAUAAAAUACAAUUGGGAUUCUAAGUCCACAACAAUGCUUGAAUCCCAUCCCGAGAACAUUUGAGGUCUGGGAAAAAAUAUAUAUAUAUAAUUUUGGGAGGGUGUAGUUUGCCUUAAAUGUAAUUGCUCAUCUAGCAAAAUACAAUUUGGCUAGCGGUCUUUCUGUACUGUACAUUGUAGCUUACAAUUUACGCUAUAGGUGACGGCAGACAUUGCAAAACAAAUGCCCUCCCGAUUGAUACAAAGACCUACUUUGCAGUCAACAUUUAAUUGGGAAGGUUUUUUGGGAAAGCCUUUAGACAUUUUUAUUCAAACUGCCAUGAUGAACCGAAUUGCGCAUCGCAAAGAUUCAACCAAGAUUUAGGACCAAACUUUUUCAAUACCUGGUUUGCAUACCCAUUGUUGCCUAAGUUAGCAUUUACUGGUAGAUAUCAUAAAUUGAAACAUAUUUCCUACCCAUGUCGUUCAAUUCUGUGAGCUGCUCAAUGAAACAACCAGUUGAGAGCUGCACACUCUUGCUGCCUGAUAUUCCGCUGAAACUAGAUGUGUGCGGCGCGCAUGUGGAUAUAUUUCACGUGCUUUGCGAUUGUGUAGGCUACUUUGUGUAUGAUUUCUCUAUUGCACUAUAUAGUUGAUACAGCGUAUAUACCUCCACUAUACUAUUGUGAUACGCAUCGGUGGGGAUUAAGACGUGGAUAUACGCAAUGCCCACUGGGAGAAAAAAAAAGGGGUAUACGGCAUAUACCUGCAUAUAGCCUUCACUACACCACUGCUCUUAUCACAUACAUCGGAUACCUUCUGUUGAAGCGUGUAUGGGCAAAACAAAUCUUUUUGUCACUUGUGUGAUGGUAAAAUCGUCGGUAUUACGGUAUUGUCAGGUUAUUUUAUGCUGUUAUAGAUUAGAUCUAGCAAGGUGUGUAUUAAGUAAGCCUUGCGCAAGCCAGAACGGCCCAUAGUGCACGAGCCUCUCCUGUUUCUGUAGCGCCAGGCAGCUUGAUAGACAGUACACCCCCUGGACAGGACACUAGUCUGUCACAGGGACUUACCCCCAAUCUAUCUCCUUAAUGCUGGGUGCCAAGCAGAGAGGCAUCGGGUCUCAUUUUUUGUCUUUGGUAUGACUCGACCGGGGAGCGAACCCCCAUCCUUCCAAUCUCGGGGAGGACCAUCUAACCACAAGGCUACUGAGUUGGUAAGGUAUAUAUUAUUGAACAGGUAAUAAGCAGGUGUGUGUUUGGUAUUCAGAUGCAGUGAAGAGGAAGAUUCUUGUACUGGAUCUAGAUGAGACGCUGAUCCACUCUCACCACGACGGGGUCCUCAGACCCACAGUGAGACCUGGCACGCCACCAGACUUCAUCCUCAAGGUAAACACAUGCGGGUAGCGAAUUGCGGUGUGGGGGUGGUAGCCAAACCUGGACCGUCUGGUCCAGAGGCAAGCAUGCUGCACGUACACACACCUGACCCAAGAUGAUAUUACUCCUUUUCUAAGCAUCUGUUUCUUCUCUCUUGCAGGUAGUCAUUGACAAGCACCCUGUCAGAUUCUUUGUACAUAAAAGGCCGCACGUCGACUUCUUUUUAGAAGUGGUGAGUAAAAGUUAGCAGUUUUUCCCGUUCGUGAACUGAGUUCUAUUUUGUACGUCAGUAGCUAGGCUUCCAUCCAAUUGGCGACAGAUUUUCAUGUGAAUAGUCUAAAAUCCACAGAAAGAAAAUAUGCAAAUUUUCCCACCAGUGGUGUUUCCACCAAAUUGACUUGUUGCGGAUAAAAAUCAAUGCGUGAUGUAGUGGACACAAUGUACUUUUUGGCUUAAGUUUUCAUGUACUGAAUAAAAAUCUAAAGUUCAAUGUGUUUCCAUCGCAUUUUCAACUCUACGGAUAGUUUUGUCACAAACUGUUGUGUUAAAUAGCAAAUGUGCCUACUCUGUUGUUGGCACGUGGCUCUAGCCAACAGUUCGCUAUGAAUAAAUCAGUCAUGCAUCGAUCAUCAUGUCACCAGAAUCUGACCCUCGAUACCCGUGCACUUUUACCACCCUGUGAAGUUUCUUAAUUUAUUUAAAAUGUAGCCUAAUAAAUUGCAUGGUUUCCAGAGUCGUAGUGGGAGGACCACACACGUCAUCGCAUAAUAUGAUAGUUAUAGUAAUCAUUAUUAUUUAUUGUGUCCCUUUCUGGAAAUGUGUCUUGCAUCUCAACAAACAACACAGCAUCACCAAUAGGUGCAUAAAUACAUACAUAAAUCACAAGCAAUAACUACAGCAGAAAACAUGUGGAUACGACAACACAUGUGGAUACAGUUCGUAAUUCAGUUCGUAUAUUCUGGGGUGGAGGGGCGUUGAGCAGUUAUUUAUUCAGUUGAUUUAUACUGGUGGGAAUGAAUUAUUUCUGGGCUCUGGUGGUUCUGUAAAGAUGGACUCCGUAUCGGCGGCCUGACGGUAGGAGCUGGUACUCCUGGUUGAGUGGGUGUGUCAGGUCGGUGACAAUUCUCCGUCCUGCCCUCACCACUCUCCAAGAACAGCGCUUCCAUGUUCUUGAGAUUAAUUCCACUGAUUUUGCUUGACAGUUUUACUAUUUUGUUUAUCGUGUUUUUAUUUGCAAUGGAUUGCUGAUUGUACCAGGCUUUGAAACCGAGAGUGAUGUCUGAACAAAGGAUGUGUAGAAUGUGGUUGUUAUUCUUUUGACCUAUUUAUUUAGUGUGCAUUCGUAAAUUCACCCUGGCUAUCUACUCCGAUUUCAGAGCAUUCUCGUUUGAGUAUGCCAGAGCGCAGAAUACUGAUUAAUUUACGAACGCGCAACACCGGUUGAAUAUGACCAGUGUCAGUGAAUGUCGGCAAAAAAACUUAAAUAAAUUGUUAUCAUCAGCACAGUUAGUCACCAACACUCUAGAUAACAUGAAAACAGCCUAACCAGCUCUGCUAGGGCGAGUUAAAUGGUCAGUGAGGUGUUCUCUUAUUUGUGUCUGUAAGUAGCUAGCCAACUUUAGCCAGUUAGCUUGGGUGCUUGACUGCGGUUGAGGUCAGAACGCUCGGAUCAACCCUACUCCUCGGCCAGAGCGUCCAGGUGUGCGCUCUGAAUGCUCAGAGAGCAAAAUGCUCUGAAUUUACGAACGGUCUGAGCGCACUCUUGGCACUCCAAAGUGAAUUUACGAACACCCUUAAUCUCCUCAUGAAAUAGUAGUUUUCCCUUUUUGUAUAUCUGUGUGUUUGCAGUCCAGGAGAGUUUUGAGUCAAUUAUAGUUCCAAGAUAUUUGCCCUGAGUCGUCUUUUAUAGUUCUGAAGUUUGUCAUUUCCUUGGGUUUUUUCUCACAUUAAGAAUUAAUGUUUUUCUUGCACCAUUGGGUGAAGUGUGUUAUUUCUGUCCUGUAGUCAUCCUCAGACACCUCCUAUUAGACCAAAUAUUGCUGUAUCAUCUGCAUACAUUACUGUUGCACAUUCUGAUGUUAUUUGGGUGCAAUCAUUGGUGUAGAGCAGGGGUGGGUAACUUUGGUGGUGGGGGCCACAAAAAAACAGAACUCAUUAUGAGGGGCCGCAGUAGCUUGUGGGUCUGCAAAAAAAACAUCUGCGGUCCUAAAGGGGCAUACGGGCCGCCAGUUGCCCAUCCCUGGUGUAGAGGGUGAACAGAACUGGUGAAAGGACACUGCCCUGGGGUACCCAUAUAUUGGUGGUUAGUGGGUCCGACGUAUUCGCAUUGGACCUCACUGUUCUGACCCAACUAGUGAGAACACCAGGUCCAGUUAAGGCGGGUUGACGCCCAUGGUCGCAAGUUUGUUCACCAGAAUAUCAGGAUGUAAUCCGUCGAAGACAGAUGAAAAAUCAACUAUUUUCUGGCUAAUGAAGGUGGUUUAUCAAGGUGCACGUAGAUUUAAUGAAGAAGGAAGAGCAGUGCAUCUUCAUCACCGUGGCCUGGUUUACAUGCGAACUGGAACAGGUCCAGUAGGCUCUCUGUGUGCCGGAGAAGGUGUCCCAAGCAUUUGAUUAUCACCCAGGUCAAGAUGAGACGAUAGUCAUUCAGGGAUUUGGGAUUAUUCACUUUGGGAAUGGGCACAAUACUUGCAGUUUUCCAGAUUUGGAAGAUUCUGCAGCUAUCCAGUGACGUUAAAAAAAAAGUAUUAUGUAUAUGUCACAGUUGCCAUUUUACACUCCCUGAUAAUCCAGCCGCUUAGACCAUCACAGCCUGUUGCUUUCAGAGGAUUGAGUUUAGAGAAGACCCGGAGGACAUCCUUUUCAGAGAUGAUGGUGGAACAAGCUCCCUCACGACGCCAGGACAGCGGAGUCACUCACCACCUUCCGGAGACAUUUGAAACCCCACCUCUUUAAGGAACACCUGGGAUAGGAUAAAGUAAUCCUUCUAACCCCCCCCCCCCCCCCCCCUUACCCCACCCCACCCCCCAAGUAACUGUUUUAGUUCCUUAGUUAUGCAGGGUUUUGCAUUCUGAAAAAUGUUUAGUGGUCUUUUACUGGAAUUACAGAGUCAAUGCAACAAUGUAGCUAUGUAGUCAGUAAUAGUUCAGUUCCUCAAUGUUUUCGUUUGUGUUACAGAAUUCUUCCCAAAUGUUAGUCAAAGCAGCCUUUUAACAUGUCCAUACACUACCAGUCAAGAGUUUGGACACACCUACUCAUUCAAAGGUUUUUCUUUAUUUUUACUAUUUUCUACAUUGUAGUUUUGAUGUCUUCACUAUUAUUCUAUGAAAUAACACAUAUGGAAUCAUGUAGUAACCAAGAAAGUGUUAAACAAAUCAUAAUAUAUUUUAGAUUCUUCAAAGUAGCCACCCUUUGCCUUGAUGACAGCUUUGCACACUUGGCAUUCUCUCAACCAGCUUCACCUGGAAUGCUUUUCCAACAGUCUUGAAGGAGUUCCCACAUAUGCUAAGCACUUGUUGGCUGUUUUUCCUUCACUCUGCGGUCCAAACCAUCUCAAUUGGGUUGAGGUCGGGUUAUUCUGGAGGCCAGGUCAUCUGAUGCAGCACUCCAUCACUCUCCUUCUUGGUCAAAUAGCCCUUACACAGCCUGGAGGUGUGUUGGGUCAUUGUCCUGUUGAAAAACAAAUGAUAGUCCCACUAAGUGCAAACCAGAUGUGAUGACGUAUUGCUGCAGAAUCCUGUGGUAGCCAUGCUGGUAAAGUGUGCCUUGAAUUCUAAAUAAAUCACAGACAGUGUCACCAGCAAAGCACCAUCACACCACCACCUCCAUGCUUCUCGGUGGGAACCACACAUGCAGAGAUCAUCCGUUCACCUACUCUGCGUCUCACAAAGACACAGCGGUUGGAACCAAAAAUCUCAAGUUUGGACUCCAGACCAAAGGACAGAUUUCCACCUGUCUAAUGUACAUUGCUCGUGUUUCUUGGCCCAAGCAAGUCUCUUCUUAUUAUUGGUGUCCUUUUAGUAGUGGUUCCUUUGCAGCAAUUUGACCAUGAAGGCCUGAUUCACGCAGUCUCCUCUGAACAGUUGAUGUUGAGAUGUGUCUGUUACUUGAACUCUGUAAAGCAUUUAUUUGGGCUGUAAUCUGAGGUGCAGUUAACUCGAAUGAACUUAUACUCUGCAGCAGAGGUAACUCUGGGUCUUCCUUUCCUGUGGCAGUCCUCAUGAGAACCAGUUUCAUCAUAGCGCUUGAUGUUUUUUUUCGGCUGCACUUGAGCGAGCCGACUAGGUGAAAAAUCUGUCGAGGUGCCCUUGAGCAAGACACUUUACCCUAAUUGCUCCUGUAAGUCGCUCUGGAUAAGAGCGUCUGCUAAAUGACUAAAAUGUAAUGUAAAUGUAAGAAACUUUAAAAGUUCUUGAAAUGUUCUGGAUUGACUGACUCAUGUCUUAAAGUAAUGAUGGACUGUCGUUUCUCUUUGCUUAUUUGAGCUGUUCUUGCCAUAAUAUAGACUUGGUCUUUUACCAAAUAGUGCUAUCUUCUGUAUAACCCUCCCCCCUACCUUGUCACAACACAACUGAUUGGCUCAAACACAUUAAGAAGGAAAGAAAUUCCACAAAUUAACUUUUAACAAGGCACACCUGUUAAUUGAAAUGCAUUACAGGUGACUACCUGCACUGGAAAGAGGAACAAAUGUUCAUCCACAAAUAUUACAGGUCUUCUGACACUUCACUGCCCUCAUGUGGUAAAAUGAAUAAGCAGCCAACAAGUGCUUAGCAUAUGUGGGAACUCCUUCAAGACUGUUGGAAAAGCAUUCCAGGUGAAGCUGGUUGAGAGAAUGCCAAAAGUGUGCAAAGCUGUCAUCAAGGCAAAGGGUGGCUACUUUGAAGAAUCUCAAAUAUAAAAUCUAUUUUGAUUUGUUUAUCACUUUUUUGGGUUACUACAGGAUUCCAUAUGUGUUAUUUCAUAGUUUUGAUGUCUUCACUAUUAUUCUACAAUGUAGAAAAUAGUAAAAAUAAAGAAAAAACCUUUAAUUAGUAGGUGUAUCCAAACUUUUGACUGGUACUGUAUUUGUUUCGGACCAAUCCUUCACAUACCUUUUAUACAAGGUUCCUCAGAUUACAUGUUCUGUUUGGAGCUAGGUGAGAGCAAGAUUUAAUUAUGAUCCGAGUCCCCAUGCUUUAUAGCCAUGCUUUGUACUUCUAUAACAGAGAUCUAGUGUUUUUUGAUUGCAAGUGUGGCAGGUUACGUAUUGUUAAUAAUUUGGGAGGGUUUUCUUUAAGGUACACCCGUUUUAAAAUCCCCACGGAUGAGUUGUUUGGGUGCCUCUGGUGCAACAUUCUCCAAUCUCCCGACGAGGUCAUGGAUUAUGUCAGCAGCCUUAUCGUAGUUGGCUUUGGGGUGUGUGUGUAUAUAUUUUUUUGUUGUUGCAUAAAGGAAUUUCCACCGCCAUUUCUCGUAUAAUUAAUUUUACUACUACAAAAAGAUCCCACCAUGUAGAAUGAACAAUUGAUCUGUCUGCAUUUAUAAACUUGUACCAAAACGUCCUGUUUCCAUCACAGCUGUCGCAAUUAUUUCUUAAUACGGUAUGACUUUACUCGUAUAACUGUGGAUGGAAACGUGAUCAUUGUCAACGAUGUUUACCUCUGUUCUGUUUGACCAGUUCUUUGACUGUAAAUGAUGGCGUGAGCCUAACAUGUAUACCUGGCUGUGUGUGUGACCCCUGUCUCCAGGUCAGCCAGUGGUAUGAGCUGGUAGUGUUCACAGCCAGUAUGGAGAUCUACGGCUCGGCGGUGGCAGACAAGCUAGACAACAACAGGAACAUCCUGAAACGCAGAUACUACAGACAGGUACCACUCUCCCCUUUCAUAUGAACACAACUGAUUUAUGUCCAUCCACAUCUUCGUGAAAACACUGUACAGUUUUAGUGACCUAAUGUACUCGAUGAUGAUUGAUCGAUUCUAUCAUGUAUUUGCGAUCUGCUUACAUCCUACAUGUGUUUUCCUCCUGUGUCUGCAGCAUUGUACGUUGGAUCUAGGUAGUUAUAUUAAAGAUCUGUCUGUUGUACACGAUGACCUAUCUAAUAUCGUAAUCCUGGACAACUCGCCUGGAGCUUACCGGAGCCAUCCAGGUGAGACGACGCGCACACACAUUCACGCUCGUAUGGCUCAGUUGGUAGAGCAUGUCGCUUGCAACGGCAGGAUUGUGGGUUCGAUUCGCAGGGCCACCCAUACGUAAAAAGUAUGGACGCAUGACUAAGUCGCUUUGGAUAAAAGACCCUGCUAAAUGGCAUAUACUGUAUUCUAUGCAUAUGUAUAUCAUUCUAGGUCGUAUCCUCGUAGGUGAGCUUGGAUAACUGUUUUAAACUAAAAAGAUGUUGUAAAACUAGUUGCUUUCAGCUUGCUGGGUGUGGGUGGAAGGUUGCCAAGCAGCUCUUGCAUGUUUUAAGCAAACAAACCACACACACCAAUUCAAAUGUUUCCUAUAGAAACCGUGAUUAGCCUUGUGACAGGCUUGUGAGAAUCAGGGUAAGUUGGCAGCUACCAAGGGACAACCAUCCACACCUUAGUAAUACUAGGAAUGUUUUGUAGAUUUUCUAAUGGCAUAAUUUUGUCCUACUCGCCUGAUUUUUGCCUACCAAAUAUUAGGUUUCAUAACUCUCCUACUUUCGUCACUCAGAAGUACUCUCCUUUGUUUCUGUAUUUGCCUUUCAGACAAUGCAAUACCUAUCAAGUCGUGGUUCAGUGACCCUAGUGACACAGCACUCCUUAACCUGCUGCCUAUGCUAGAUGCACUAAGGUGAGUAUUUCAAGUAUUCAGACUGAUGAUGAGCAUCCUGCACUGUAGCAGUGUUUUUCCAUUUACCUGGGAGCAUGAGAAAUGUAUUACCCUGACAACUCUCUUCUCUCCUAGGUUCACCGUUGACGUCCGGUCCGUCCUCAGUCGAAACCUCCACCAGCACCGGCUCUGGUGAUUGGCUGAUUCUGCAGGGAGGGUUUGGCUGAUUGGGCCUCUUUUUAAACCCCUUCCCCGCUCCCAUCGCUCCUCCGUUUCCACACUGGACCUUUCACCUCUCCACUCACCCCUCUCUGAAGGGGACAGAGGAGAGGGGGGUCACAGCAGAACAUGAAACAAGGGAUGAACAGAGUGAGAUCUGGAAGGAAACGACUGGGGGGGGAGGCAGCUUUUCUUUAUCUUUUUUUGCUUCUUUAUUUGUAUGAUUUUUUUUAAAAAACAAAAUGGAGUCUCUCUGCCUUACAGUUCCUGAUACUGACUCCAUGUAUGUACGCAUGGGGCUGCGUUUGUGUACGUGAGUUGGGCGAAUGCUCACAUUCGUACGUCUUGCUAAAGUUUUGACGUUACAAAAGGAGAAGGAACAGCAAGGCAACGAACAGGAAAAGUUUCCAUCCUUUUGUUCUUACACAUCAUUACCCUGGACUCUGCACAUCAACAACAGGCAACAAACAGCCUGUCAUUUUACUCUAUCUCAACUUGGUACUGGACUUUACUUCACUUAAGACGGCCAAGAGCAACCAGACAGGAGAAAAUGGGAGGAUGAUUCGUUUUUAAUAGGGGUAUUGGGGGUA